AUCUUCCGGUCUCAAGACGAUUCACAAGUUUCAGGACUAGAAUGUCUUCUUCUUCCUCCGUAGAUUCUGUUCCUCCUCCGCCGGAUAAUGCCAUCGUCCUUGGUUGUGGUGGCAUCGCUGUGGAUUUCUUAGCGACUGUGGAUUCUUAUCCUGAACCCGACGACAAGAUCCGAAGCACUAGCCUAAAGGUGCAAGGAGGUGGAAAUGCUGCAAAUGCUUUAACUUGUGCUGCUCGUUUGGGAUUGAAUUCGAGACUGAUUAGUAAGGUAGCGAAUGACUCUCAAGGAAAGGGUAUGUUGGAGGAGCUUGAAGCUGAUGGUGUGGAUACUUCUUUUCUUGUGGUCUCUAAAAAGGGCAAUUCACCAUUUACCUAUAUCAUAGUUGACAACCAAACGAAAACGCGUACUUGUAUUCACACGCCUGGAGACCCCCCCAUGUUACCAACUGAACUUUCUCAAUCGAGCAUGUUCUCAGCUCUAGACAGAGCAAGCAUUGUAUACUUUGAUGUAAGAUUACACGAAACGGCCUUGAUGAUUGCAAAAGAGGCAAGUCGCAAGAAGAUACCUAUUCUAGUUGAUACAGAGAAGAAAAGAGAUGGUUUAGAUGAACUCUUGCAAUUCGCCGACUACGUUGUCUGCUCCGCAAAAUUCCCUCAGACAUGGACAGAGGUGUCUUCAACUCCUGGUGCACUUGUUUCCAUGUUGUUGAGAUUGCCUAAACUGAAAUUUGUGAUCGUGACCUUGGGUGAAGAAGGAUGCUUAAUGGUUCAAAGAGCUUCAACAGCAGAAGUAUUUGAAUCUCAAGAGACAGACAUUGAGAGCUUGUUGGAGACACUGAAGCAUAGAAAAGACUCAACCACAACAUUUCCAACAUGUGUUUCAUCGGAGACAACAAAGCUGAGGGCCAACGGGGUAGGAACAGUGACUGGAAGAUUGUUUCUCGGAACAGCAGAGAAAAUUCGUCCAGAAGAGCUUGUAGACACCACCGGUGCUGGCGAUGCAUUCAUAGGAGCAGUUCUAUAUGCCAUAUGCGCUGGCAUGCCCCCAGAGAAAAUGUUACCGUUUGCCGCUCAAGUGGCUGGUUGCAGCUGUCGAGCUAUGGGAGCUCGCACUGGUCUUCCUCACCGUGCAGAUCCUAGACUUGUACCCUUUCUGGUUUGACACUCUCUGUGUUCCUUUGUUAACUUCUGAGUCACUUUACUCCAUUACCUACUUCAUAUAAUUUAAAUGUUCUUCUAUUGGAUGAAAUAAAGACUUGGUAUCAAA